AUGGAGACUGGAAACUACACACCUGUGACAGAGUUCAUUAUUUUGGGGUUAACAGAUGAUACUGAAGUUUGUGCCAUUUUAUUUAUUGUUUUUUUAGGAAUCUAUGUUGUCACACUAAUGGCCAACAUUAGCAUUAUCGUGCUAAUCAGAAGCAGCCCUCAGCUCCAUACCCCAAUGUACCUUUUCCUCUGCCAUUUGGCCUUUGUAGACAUUGGGUACUCCUCAUCAGUCACCCCUGUCAUGCUCAUGGGCUUCCUCAGGAAAAGAAUUUUGAUUCCUUUUUCUGGUUGUAUAGCCCAACUCUGCUUUGGGGUAACAUUUGGGACAGCUGAGUGCUUCCUUCUGGCUGCCAUGGCCUAUGAUCGUUAUGUGGCCAUCUGUUCACCCCUGCUGUACUCCAGCCACAUGUCCCCCAAGGUCUGCAUUCUCUUACUGGGUGCUUCCUACCUGGGUGGCUGUGUAAACGCUUGGACAUUCACUGGGUGUUUAUUAAGUCUGCCUUUCUGUGGACCAAAUAAGGUCAAUCACUUUUUCUGUGACUAUUCACCACUUUUGAAGCUUUCUUGUUCUCAUGACUUUACUUCUGAAAUAGUUCCAGCUAUCUCUUCUGGUUCCAUCAUUGUAUUCACUGUCUGCACCAGAAUCUUGAAAUUCUGA